UAGGCUACAAGCUUCCUUAAAAUGACAACACCAUUUGUAUUAAUGAAGUAGGUUUCUAUUGACGUCAAUUUAUUUUUUUUUUUUACUUUGCCUCGUAAUAAAACCGUUUCGAAUUUACCAGCAAUAAAAAUGGCUAGACAGCUAUAGUCAUCAUUCUAGGCAAUCAAUAGGUUUUCAGCCGCGGCACGUGCUGGGUCUUUACUGUCCAUACCUUUUGCCGCAUAUGAUUAUAAAAAAUAACUCGAAUAAAGGUCGAAUAUAGCGCUGACCUAUUGCCGCGAAAACGGAUAUUCCGCGCAUGCGAUACGGAAUACUUGCUAGUGUUCGAAACAGUUCAAAAGAUUUAGAGCGGUAGAUUUAUUGCCUAGUCGUUGAUAACACACCAAGAUGAACGAAUCAGUGGUCAAUACUACUCUAGACUUAGUAGUACUAUCCUGGUGGGAGACGUUCGACUACCCCGUCAUGGAGCAGCAAAUCUCCCAGGCCCAGUAUUUCUACCGGACGUCGGUCAUUUUCAUCGGAUUAUUAGCCAAUUACGUUGUAAUGUUGGUGACGACUUUUUCGCCGCAUUUGCGCAAUCCCCGACACAUUUUUUGGGCCGCCAUUUCGCUAAUGGAAUUCUUGUUUUUACUUAACAACGCCCUCGAGCUGAUCACCGUCCAAAGUCGGGAUUACUCCAUCUGCCGGCUCUGGAUCAUUUUCUAUCCCGCUGAUGACUCGGCCCUGAUGCUCUGCAAUUUGCUGGCCACCGUCGACCGCUACUUGUCCAUCGCUCGCUACGAAUGGUACAAGGCGAACGUCACCAAUCGGGCCGUCAUCCUGUUGAUCACGCUGGCUCUGGCCCUGUCGUUCUUCGUCAUCACGAGUCCAUUCUGGACGGGCUACAAGUCGAUUUACACCUGCACCGUCAAUUUGACUCACUUGCUUUCGGUCAAUGUCUGGAAUUUGUUGCUGGGCAUCGUUUGCCUCAUUCUACAAUUCAAGAUCUUCGGCGAAACCAAGACGCUCGUUCGGAAUUACGUGCCGAAAUAUUGUCGUUCGCUAUCCGCCAGCGUCAAAUUCGUUCAGUCCAUUCCGCCGGUUGAGAGUGGAAAUUCCGGAGAGAGAACGGAGUCGAGAGUUUCCAUCACGUUCUACGAACCGACUGAUCCUGAUGCAACUGAGAACGGACGAGGUGAUCGAAUGAAUGAGCUGCCGUCGGUCACGGACCCGGAAGACGCCGGAUGUUUUUCGCGGAAACCAAAAGGAUCCCGAAUCGGCCGGAUGAAAAUUCAAGCCGCACACAGUUUGUUCAUCAACAUUGUAACGUUUUGGCUGUGUACCCUACCGAUUAGCUGUUCCGUUUUGGUGACCUACUGGUGCGUCUGGGUGAAAGGCGAUUGUGAUGUGAUUUUCCAAACGUGGACCUACGUCUGGAACGCGUACAUUCUUCACAGCAUUUACAAUCCCGUCAUGCACAUGAUUACCUGCUCCGAAUUUCACCAAGCGCUUUUCGAAAUGAAAGAAAUAUUCAUCAGCAAAUGUUUUUUUCUUUUCACCACCAAAUGAUUUUUAAUUUGAAAUCUCAAUGACUUGAAUGUUUUAUUUCCAAGUUCUUUCACGCAUUUGAUACCGUGCUGAAUGUUCGUUAUUUAUUGCCGAUCCUUAUCCUCCCAUUUUCGCAUUUGACCUUUCCUCGUACAGAGUGAAUCAGCGGACCUAUUUUUAUAGACUAUAGUAUAGUAAAGAUGUAUUCAUGUGGCCUGGGCAUAGAAAUUGAAAGUCAUUCAUUCCAGAUUUCUAUUGAUAAAUAUUAAAUAUGUCGUUUGAUUGAGGAAAAUGAUCUGCUUAUAGCUACUAGACUAUAAUCACCUGCUGUACCUGAAAAACAGUUCCUAUACAGCGACUUGUAAUUCCUAGACCAGCCCUAUUGUACUACACCAGCAGGGUUCUCCUUAUAUCUUCGCUGUUGUUACUGAUAAUAGGUGUCUUUGUAUGAUCAAUUUGGUUUUUCUUGGUUCAUUGCUAUAUGUUCUAUACAUGGAUGUAUCUAUUCAGAACUGCAAGUUCGUCACAUCCUUCCAUACUAUAGACUGCAGUUUCAUCAAUGAUAUGCCAUACAUCAAGUAUACGCCCACAUUUUACCAGCGUCGUGAUCUGUGUCCUGGAGUUUUGAAAUAUCAAUUUAUUCUUUCACUGUAUCAAAGUUUCCCGCUGCUACGAGACA